AGCCGCUCGGCUCAGAGGCAAACACCUAAAAAACCACCGAAACCCCUUCACGUUUCUCCACCGAACCUUCAACCUCAACGGGCGACAAAGAAUAAACAACAGCACCACCUACUACAGUUCUUUUUGCAUGAGAACCUAAAAAAGUCCAACAGCAAAAGACUACACAUAUACUACGAAAAAAAAAAAAAUGAACACACCACAAUUAUUUCGGAGGACGACUCCCUUCGUCUGCCGCGCCUGUCGUGCCGCCCGCAGCAGAUACGAGCACAGCAGCAGCAGCAGUAGCACCAGCAGAAGCAGCACCCCGGCGAGCCUCAUCCGUCAUUUUUCCUCGAGGCCGGCCGCUGCGAGGGCGGCCACCACUUUCCAGUCCUACAGUCUCCCCAGCCACCCGCCGACGGCGCGGCCACGGAACACAGACGUUUCGGUCGAGACUUCCAUCACGCAGCCAAUCGAGAUGCCACCGCUCCCGCGCGUGCACGAGACGAGACCGCCGCAGGAUGUUGGUAAGGCGCUGGGAAACAGCAGUAGCAGCAGCAGCAGGGGGGGCGGGGAGGAGAAACCUGUGAUACCCGAGGUGGAGGCGCAGGAGUCCAAGGAGCAGUUUGUACCGGAGGCGACGAGGGAGAAGGCGGCGCAGCAGCAACAACAAGCAAAGGAGCAGCCAUCCUCCACAGCUUCGCAGGCGGCAGCGACACAACAGCCGGCGGAGGGCAAGGCGGCGCCGCGAAAGUCGAGACUGCGGGCGCCGCGCAAGGCUGCCAUGAAGCUCACUCCGGCGGCCGUGGAGCAGCUGCGGACAUUGUUGGAUCAGCCGGAGCCCAAGCUCAUCAAGGUCGGGGUGCGGAACCGGGGUUGCAGCGGGCUGGCAUACCACCUUGAGUUUGUGGACAAGGCGGGCCCGUUUGACGAAACCGUCGAGCAGGAUGGCGUCAAGGUCUUGAUUGACAGCAAGGCGCUGUUUAGCAUCAUCGGUAGCGAGAUGGACUGGAUUGAGGACAAGUUGAGCCAGAGAUUCUUUUUCAGGAAUCCUAACAUCAAGGAGGAAUGUGGCUGUGGCGAGAGCUUCAUGACCUCUUCACCAUCCCGACACCAAACCAUCUCUAGCAUGGUCGAAUGUCCCAUCUGCAACCGAAACGUGCGUGCCACCGCCAUCAAUAGCCACAUCGAUUCCGGCUGCGAGACAGGCCUGGUCGAAAAUGAGGGCAAUGGCAGGAAUUCCUCACCACCGGUGACAGACGGUGCAAACAGCAGCUCUAUCCCGUCCUCGACGGCACACAAUCCCCCCUCGGCAACGCAGAAGAGAUCCGCAUCUACCUUUUUCCAGACCCCCGCCGCGAAGCGCCAUGCAAACGCAAACACGAGGGUCGUGACGGCGUCCGUGCCGGCCAAGACAAACGGCACGAAGCGUACCUUUGACGAGGGUCCCGGACAGAGCUCUCCGGCGGAGCACAGCCACCCCGACGGCGCCGUCUUUACAUCAGUCUCGACCACGAUAGCGGGCCCGUCUAGCAAACGCGUCAAGCCGAACCGCGCGGCGCCGUUGGCGGAGCGGAUGCGGCCCCGGACUCUGGAUGAGGUUUACGGACAGGACCUCGUGGGCCCUAGCGGCGUACUCAGGUCGCUGAUCGACUCGGACCGGGUCCCGUCCAUGAUACUAUGGGGCGGUUCCGGGACGGGCAAGACGACCAUCGCGCGCUGCAUAGCGCAGACGGUCGGGUCGCGGUUCGUGGAGCUCAAUGCUACGUCUACGGGGGUCAAUGAGUGCAAGAAGCUGUUCCAGGAGGCAGCGUCGGAGCUGGGGUUGACGGGCAGACGGACCAUCAUCUUUUGCGACGAGAUACACCGCUUCAACAAGGCGCAGCAGGACGUCUUCCUCAAGCCGGUCGAGGCCGGGACCAUCACGCUCAUCGGGGCCACGACGGAGAAUCCGAGCUUCAGGGUGCAGUCGGCGCUGCUGUCGAGGUGCAGGACGUUUACGCUUGCAAAGUUGACCAGCGAGGACGUCCAAAAGAUAUUGGUGCGGGCGUUGGAUGAGGAGCAUAAGAGUGCGGGGGAUGAGGUGCAGCCUGCGAGUCCGCUCAUAGACGCCGAGAUGAUAGCAUAUCUUGCGAAUUUCGCCGACGGCGACGCAAGGACGGCUUUGAACCUUCUGGAGCUUGCGCUGUCUCUGACCAGGCCGAGGAUAGACGGCGAUGGUGACAUCGCGGCGGGGCCUGUCGCGCUGACCAAGGAGGAUGUGAAGAAUGCACUGACCAAGACGCUGGUUUACGACCGGGCUGGAGAUCAACAUUACGACAACAUAUCCGCCUUCCACAAAUCAAUCCGCGGCUCCGACCCAGACGCAGCGCUGUACUACCUCGCGCGCAUGCUGCAGUCUGGCGAGGACCCGCUGUUCAUCGCGCGGCGGCUCGUGGUGGUGGCAUCGGAGGACGUGGGCCUUGCCGACAACACGCUCCUGCCACUAGCCACAGCGGCCUACACGGCGGCGCAGCAGAUCGGCCUACCCGAGGCGCGGAUCCCGCUCGCGCACGCGACUGUAGCUCUCUGCCUGGCGCCCAAGAGCACGAGGGCGUACCGUGGCCUGAACAACGCCUUUGCCGCGCUGAGGGAGCCGGGAGUUGCGGCGCUGCCUGUACCCAUCCAUCUGCGCAACGCGCCGACGAGGUUGAUGAGGGAGAUGGGCUACGGUGCAGAGUACAAGUAUAAUCCAAACUACAAGGAUGGCAAGGUCAAGCAACAAUAUCUGCCUGAUGACUUGGUCGGGAGGAGGUUCCUGGAGGAUCGGGACCUCGGGACAGAGAUCGAUCCUGAUUUGGGCGAGGAUGGGGGAUGAUUACACGAAUACCCUGGUGCACGAUGGUCUGGAGUUUACUGCUACAAUGGCGAGACUACUGUAUUCUAGGUUAAUGGAUUACAUGGCUUUGCUGUGCGUUCAUGUGGAUUCGGGCAAAAUCGCUUCGAUUUACAAGGGAGUUGUCUCUUGUUGUAUAAAUCUGUUUAAUAAGAACCCUGUAGAUCUAAUGCGAGCUCAUAACCUGAUGUGCCGACAUGCCGACAUAACUUCGUAUCUUUGACAGGCAGUAGGCGCAAGAUACGUGACAUGUUGCAGGUAGUGGUCAUCACGUGAUCGCUUCCAAAGCUCGGGGUUUCUACCAAUUGUUUGCUUGUCUUCCCCGCCAAAAUUCCCAUAAGCUGAUCGAUUUUCCUCGGUACUCAUCAUGCUCGACACACGGCAGUUGUUAUCCGUUGAAAACAAAAUCCUGGAACGCCAUCCAACAUGCGCAUUGCCACAAGAGACAGAAUUGCCCCAGCAAACAGAAUUGGCAACAUUCGAGCUGGUUACAAAUCCGCGUGGUCAUGAAUCGGGUAGCUUUGCACUUCCACUGUUGACAGAUGCGGGCACGAAUUUGAGUUUUUCUUGGCAUUAGAAUGCCAUGGUACGACUGGGCGCGGAAGUCGUCAAGUCAAGAAACACCCAAGGUAUCAAUCAGCGCCAUGCACUAUCAAAGCAAAAAAAAAAAAAAAAAACCAAGCCAUUCUUGUCAGGUCUAGGCGAUUGCUUUCUCGUCUUUG